AUCAAAUGAGAUGAUAAUUGCAUUCUUUCUUUCAAUCUGAUUUAAUUUGUUUUUAUUAUCAUUCUUUCGAGUUUUUUAAAAUAUCAUUGUAUUCUAUUAUCAUUUAAUAUCAACAUGCAACUUACCGAUUUGGAUCAAUGGAUCGAGAUUACGAAACAAUGCAAAUAUUUGCCAGAAAAUGAUCUAAAGAAACUCUGUGAAAUUGUCUCGGAUAUCCUAAUGGAAGAAUCCAAUGUACAACCGGUUUCCUGUCCGGUCACUGUUUGUGGUGAUAUUCAUGGACAAUUUUAUGAUCUGGAAAAAUUAUUCGAAACUGGCGGCCAUGUUCCUGAAACUAAUUAUAUUUUUAUGGGAGAUUUUGUUGAUCGUGGCCAUUAUAGUCUUGAAACUUUCACUCGAUUAUUAACAUUGAAAGCCAAAUAUCCAGAUCGUAUUACAUUAGUUCGUGGUAAUCAUGAAAGCCGUCAGAUUACACAGAUUUAUGGAUUCUACGAUGAAUGUUUACUCAAAUAUGGCAAUUCAAAUGCAUGGAAAUAUUGCUGCAAUGUAUUUGAUUUGCUAAAUGUUGCUGCGAUAAUUGAUAAUGAAGUAUUAUGUGUCCAUGGUGGUCUAUCACCCGAUAUCAAUAUGAUUGAUCAGAUUCGAACAAUUGACCGAAAUCAGGAGAUUCCCUGUACUGGUCCAUUCUGUGAUCUAGUCUGGUCUGAUCCAGAAGAAGUUGAUACAUUUGCUAUCAGUCCAAGAGGUGCUGGUUGGUUAUUUGGUCCAAAAGUUACACAUGAGUUUAUGCAUAUCAAUAACUUGAAUCUAAUUUGUCGCGCUCAUCAACUGGUUCAGGAGGGUUUUAAAUUUCAUUUUGAUAACAAAUUAAUCACAGUUUGGUCAGCACCAAAUUAUUGUUAUCGUUGUGCUAAUGUGGCAGCCAUUUUGGAAUUUCAACACUCAAACCAAAAAGAACCGAAAAUAUUCAAUGCUGUACCGGAUUCAGAACGUAAAGUUCCAAAUCGUAAAUGUCCUUAUUUUUUAUGAUCGUAAAUGUCCUUAUUUUUUUUAAUUUGAGAUCAAUAAUGAUGGUGAUGACGAUUGAUUAUUGUUACACAGUGCCCAUUUAAUUAUAUAUAA